GUCAGGCCUGGAGUGCUUUCAGACAAUUCCAUGACCUCUUUUGUUUCCACCUCCAUCAUCUGCAAUUUAUCCUAUUACCCCCACUUCCUAGAGCAUAAUGUCGGACCGGAAAGCACAGGACCUGCUGGCGCAGGCCAACAAGAAGGCCGAGCACAAGGGCUGGUUCGGCGGCCACAAAUACGAGGAGGCUGGCGAGCUGUAUGAGCAGGCCGCAAACCAAUUCAAGCUCGCCAAGCAGAUGCGCGAGGCCGGCGAGGCCAUGAGCCGGGCAGCAGACAUGUCGCUAAAGUGCAAUGAGCGGAACGACGCCGCCCAGCGCUUCAUUUCCGCCGCCAAGAGCUUCAAGAAAAACUACCCCCAGGAGGCGGUGCAGGCGCUCAAGCGCGCCAUUGCUUUGCUGACAGAGAACGGGCGGUUCCACGCUGCCGCAUCGCACCAGAAGGAGGUCGCGCAGCUGUACGAGUCCGAUCUGGCCGACCUGGAGAACGCCAUGGAGGCCUACCAGCUGGCCGCCGACUGGUACGCCAGCGAGGACUCAAAUGCCCUGGCCAACGGCUGCCUGCUCAAGGUCGCCGCCUUUGCCGCGCAGCUCGAGAAGUACGAGCGUGCUAUCGACAUCUUUGAGCGGAUAGCCGAGGCCAGCGUCGACAACCAGCUCACCAAGUGGUCAAUCAAGGACUACUUCCUCAAGGCCGGCCUGUGCCGCCUGGCGACUGCAGACACCAUUGGCGCCCGCAAGGCGCUCGAGCACUACAAGGACCUGGACAUGGGCUUUGUCAACACGCGCGAGUGCAAGCUGCUCGACAAUCUGAUUGCCGACGCCGAGAACGAGGACAUGCAGGGCUUCACCGACCACGUUGCCGAGUUCGACCAGAUGUCGACGCUUGACAACUGGAAGACCACCAUUCUGCUGCGCAUCAAGCACACCAUCACCGCAAACGAGGAGGACCUGACAUAGGCCUGGGAGAGCUUUUUUAAUGAGUGAAAAACAGCAUGAACAACUUGACUACUACACAGUGGCGACACCGCUGGCCUAGCGGCCGUACUUCUGGUACUCCCACUCUCUGUUGUCCAGCGGGCACGCCUGCCGGUUCUUGAGCCAGCGCGAGAUGCAGUGGAAGUGGAACGCGUGGUUGCAGAUUCCCCAUGCCACCGUGCAGUUCUCGCUGUUGGCCGAGUCCUGGUUCGCCUGGCACUCAAUGCACAGCUCCAUGUUGUUGUUGCGGCAGAUCGCACACGUAUCCGUCUCCAUGUCCCACGCCCACAGCGCAACCGCAUUCCACUUCUUGAUUUCAAUGCGCGGGCGCGCGGUCUUGCCGGCGGUCGGCGUGGCAGUGCCGCUGGCGGCAGGCGAGUCUACGUCCAUGUCAGCCAUAGUCUGUGUCGGGGGAUUUGCUAAAAGUACCAGGAAUACGAAGAA